ACAGUGACAUACAGCUUUGAUUAACAUUUUCUGAACGAAUUUCUCGCCUAACUUGUAUGUUGGCUCACAUAAACGUUAUUUUUGAAGCCAUUUAACGCGCGUACAUUCUCUUGUAAACACGAACUAUGAGUGAUUGUGAUUUUGUAACAGCGAGUCGUGUGCACGAUUCUGACUGUGCGACAACACCCCAGAGUGCAGCAAGAAACAGUAGCAAUUCUGAUACUAAUACUAAUAGUAUUAGUAAUAAAAAGGAAACAGACACUAAUGAUGACGUUGAUUGUGGAUAUGCCUGUGUCAGUUCCGACACAACGUCUUUAGAAAACCACAAGUCGCCUUGUUCUUUGAGUAAUGGUGGCUACCAAUUCCAGAGUGGAAUGCAAAAUGAUGCUAAUACUAUUAGUGGUGCCAACAGUACAACUGCGACCAGCAAGUUAUUUGUUGCUAUUAGCAAUGGCGAAGUUGACAGUGAUGUAAAUGUACAUUCGUACAUGACAAACCAAAAAGCUUUAGUUGAGCCACAGAUAAAUAAUGAGCCAGUGACAAUGGGGUUUUCUAAAGCUGGAGCAGGCCUUGGCUGCACAACUGGAACUAAAUCUGCAACAGAAAUUUCUUUGGGCAGAGAUGAAGAUUCUGAGCAAAAUAUUAAUAGUCUACCUAAUGUGCAUGCAAAUUCACCAACGCGACUGCAUCAAAAUCCAGCGAAUGUCGAAACUGAUAGUACCAAAGUGACUCAAAUGUUGGUGUCCGGUUCAGUGUUGAGUACCUUACCAGACACUGAACACACAGAAGUGUUUACAGAAAGAAUACAGGAAAAGGAAGACCUCUGUAAUGAAGAUUAUGAGGAUUCUAGUUUAAAGGAUUAUGAAACAGUGUCACAGGCACUAAAGGAAUGUGAUAUAAGCAAUCAUCAGGCACAACAAGUGGUGUCUAGAAUAUCCUAUGUUGCUUAUGAGAAUGAACUUCAAAUGCCCGAUAUCAUGAGAUUGAUAACAAAAGACUUAUCAGAGCCAUACUCAAUCUACACCUACAGAUAUUUCAUACACAACUGGCCAAAACUUUGCUUUCUUGAGGUUCUAAUUUGGUCUUGCGAGCAAUACGGGCAAUGGUUGGGGACGACUGUGACGAGGUUGUUUUGGAGACAGAGGUGACAAACCGAGGUGCUCUUCAUCUGUACGAAAAUCUAGGGUUUGUAAGAGACAAGAGGCUAUUCAGGUACUACCUUAAUGGUGUUGAUGCAUUCAGACUAAAACUAUGGCUAAGAUAAUUCACACCAAACAACCAGAGAUGCUAGUAUUUCUGAGUCUAGCUGUGUCGCAUACCGAGACAGGUUUCAAGCUAGGUAACUUUUAAAGCCAUUGUUAUCAAGUGUGCACAAAUGCACUCUUAAGUCCCUUCAACAGUUAACAUAUCAAGUUUUCUGAUAGUUGCACAUUCAUUCUGCCUUGAGGCUAUUUUGGUGAAUGCAGUCAAUUUAAACAAAUUUCAAUUCUAGAUUGCAAGUGAGCAUUUCAGAUGAGAUUUGAGUGAUAAAAAUUGUAGCUGGAUGGAAAAUAUUAAAUAUAGGUGUAAAAUCUUUAACAUUUAACUAAAAUGCAGCCAUUGAAGCAUCAGACUGUGAAGAAAUACCAUAGUUUGCUAGAUCACAGUGUAAUUGUUAAAGAUUGUUUUGCACAUGACAGCUCUUAUGAAUAGCCUUUAGGUACGUGUAUGGUUUUAUUAAAUUAUUUUUACUAUAUAAACUUGGGUUUAUUACAUUGUUUAGUGUGCCUGACUGUGUUAUUGGCUUAUUCACAUAUAUAUAGUAUGCUGCACAUGUCUGAAGAAGUCCUUAUGAAGCUGCGUUCCUAGCCAAUCACAUUUAUUAAAAUGGUCCUUCUAAGCUCUGUUAAGGUGCUGAUUUUACAUUUGUAUCUAUACAAACUAGAAACAUGGUCUUCCCUAAGUUACCUUAAAUAAUAUUGUGUAAACGUAGCUGUUCUCACGCUGAGCUUUGAUAAACAGUCCCAGUUUUUGCCUGAAGUUCUCUGAUUGGCCAAGUUUUCUUGGAAGCAAUCCCCACUGACAUUUAUUUUGGCCUUGAGUUUAUGUACGAAUUAUUUUGUGCCAUCUGUUGUGAAUCAUAUAAGAGCCUAGUGCAUGUACUAAAAUCUGAUUAUAUUUUUCAAAGUCUGAUAUUGAUAACCUGUAUUUCGUGGAUGUGUAUCAAUACAUUGCAAUGCUUAGAUUGAUCAUUUUCCAAAUUGAUUUGCUAUGCGUGCACUUUUAUGGACUCUGGACUUUUCUGGCAUUUCUGGUUUAAAAAUGUAUAAAGUUCUAGAUCGAAUGGAUUCAACAGGACUUUCAAAGUGUUCUGUGUAAUGUAUCCAUGCAACCAUAGCUGAUUUAUUGAGUGCAGGGAACUGCACAUGUUUGUGAUAUGUAGCCAUUUAUGUUUAUACAUAUGUAACAUGUGUAAUCAGCAGUGACAUAACGUAGUUCGGUGGUUUCUCAAGAAACGUUUGGACUUAGCAUUGCGUCAUGGUUUUGAAUGCUAUGCGAGGCCUUUGCAAUAUUUCUAAAUGACCCACCUAUUUAUAAUAAUGACUGACACAACUGGCUCCUUCAUGAAUGUACAUGUUGUGUAUGUUAGAAUUUUUUAAACACUACUAUUAUAGCAACAGUACCUAAUAUUACAGUAUGAGGAAUGUUAGACAGGGAGUAUCAGUGUCACAGAAGGAAAUUUUGGGGGGUAAAUGCAAAAAGAAAUUGAGACUUAAUGUUCUUUUUACAUCAUAAAUAGGGGUAUAGUUGUUAUAAAUGCAUGUGUGAACUGUACUAUGAUGUUCAAAAUACAAUUUGUGCCUUUGCAAUUAAUUUAUAGCUUAUAUAUGUUGCGUUUAUUGGCAGUGUGAAUCUAGGGUCCCUGUAUACAGAGAGAUGCGCCAACUCAGGAUUUGACGCCAUUUUGUUUCCAAAUGGAUCUAC